GAGUCCGGUGGGCGGUGGCAUCUCAGCCCCAUUCACCAAACCAAACUUACCAAAGUUCAAAUCACAACUAACAGUCUCUCUCUCUCUCUCUCUCUCUCUCUCUCUCUCUCUCUCUCUUACACAGACAGACAAAUAUCAAUGGCGACAACAACUCUCUGCAUCGCCAUCCUCUGCAUUCUCUUCAUAUCUUCUUCAUCUGCUGCUCACGAUGACAGUAAGAAUGUUACAAACAAUCCAGCCGACCAGCUCGUAGCAAUCGUAAACCGUAACCGAACAGCACACAAAGCAUCAUCCCUUGGUAACAAUCCGGGCCUAGCCUGCAUAGCGCUACAAUACAUCAAAGCCUAUCAAGGAAACUGUGAUGAUGUUGGCAAGUCAAAAAAGCCCGCUGACUCCGAAUUCGCCGACACCUUCGCACCCAAAUGCGGGGUUGAGGUAGCUACACUCGCCCCAAUCACGGGUCGGGUUAUCGGAUGCCAGUCCGAAUAUGUGAACCCUGAAAGAGCAUACACAGAAAUACUAACCAUAAAGAGCCGGAGUUUGGACAUUAUUUAUAACACUACCUACACUGAAGUCGGGGCUGCUGUUAGCGGGUCAGAUGGUGGAGGCCCGUAUUUCUGGUGUUUACUUUUUAGUAACGCGAAAGCGAAUAGUAGCUUUGUAUUGGAGGGAGGAACGGCUAAGUUGACCAAUCCAGGAUGCUUUAGUGGUGCUCAUGAUGAGUGCAAUGGUGCUUAUGGUUUGGAACAACAUCUCAACAUUUUGUCGAUCUUUGCUGGAAUUUUGGUUGUCAUUUGUUACACGAUUUGGGUAUGAGUAUGAUCAUGAUUGGGGAUUCGGGGUCAUGAUCAUAGUAUAUGUGCCAAUAUGAGCUACUUUUCUUUUGAUUGUAUUUGAAUCUUUGAUUUGUUCGUUUAUGAGUUUAUACGUGUAAUAUUCAUUCUAUAGUACAUUGAUCUUUGUUGAUAAAUCGCGUUAAAUGAGUUUA